AGUUCUUUCUUGCUCAAAAGGACGAGAGUGUAAAACAUGGCGCCGUUGGAUGACAAAACACUCGGCAGAGCUUUUGUUCUCCUCGUUUGCUAUAUUGGACUGUUUCACAGCACAAAUGCAACCUUGAAGUGUUACGAGUGUGAAGGCAUGACCCCAAGCGACUCGUGUGCCACCAAUGCGAGUAAGGCAAAACAAGUGAAUUGUGGAGGUUUAAAUUUAAGCAAGUGCAGCAUCACUCGUGUCUCUGACAGCAAAACGAACACAAUGGAAAAAAUUACGCGCGAGUGCCAUAUAAAUGUACUAAAUCUUGCGAAGACGGGAUGCCAAGAGAAAGGUGGAAAGAAGAGCUGCACAGUGUUUUGCGACACUGAUUUAUGUAACGAUGUUGAGGAGAGCAAGGUGGACGAGUGUGUUGCCACUGACUGUAAAGGAGCGGCUCCUUCCACAACCCCGCUAGUCAGUGAGCAGUACUAUAAAUCUUCCUCCAUGAAGUGUUACGAGUGUAAAGGCAUGACCCCAGGCGACUCGUGUGCCACCACUCCGAGUACGGCACCACAAGUGAAUUGUGGAAGUUUGAAGAUAAGCCAGUGCAGCAUCACUCGUGUCUCUGACAGCAACACACACGUGAUGCAAUCAAUCGAGCGCAGGUGUCAUGCGAACAAUCUAGUUCUUGGGAAGUCGGGAUGCGAGGAGAGAAACGGAAAGAAGAUCUGCACAAUGUUUUGUGACACUCAUUUAUGUAACGACGUUGAGGAGAGCAAGAUGGACGCGUGUGCCGCAAAUAACUGGAAAGGAGCGGUGACUUCCACAUCUCCGAUGCGCUAUCUCUUCAACGUUGUUAUCAAUGUCUUUGAUACACGUGGUAAAUAAAAGAGAGUCUAUCAGCGUGUCUUUAUGCGCAUACAUGCAAAACUGUAAAUGUUGAUUUAUGCUAAAGUAAACACAUUGUAUGCAGCUAAUCCGGCCUUUGCGGCCAUUUAUACUAUGUAGACAGUUGUAAACAUACAUCUAUGCCAAGACAAGUGAAGUAAUUUCAUGUAAUAAUCACAAAGGGAGGAAAUCAAGUAGGUGGUUGGCUGUUCUGAUGACGUCACAAAGGGAGGAAAUCAAGUAGGUGGUUGGCUGUUCUGAUGACGCCACACUUGUUGUUCCAUAGUCAAUUCUCCCCCUUCUCUUUCUUACAUCCUAAGGUUUGUGGAAAAUGUUGUUCGCAUAUUUGAAUCAGUUUCUAUCUGAAUAAUUUUUUAGCAUAUCGUAAACUUAUCCUAAGUAAUUAAAUAUUAAUUCAUAAAUGUACAAUAUAAUAACAUUGGUAUGUUAUAAUGUAGACAAAUACUAUUUCACAAUGUAACUUUUUUGGCUAAUUUUGUUUCAAAUUAAAACAGAGAAAUUACGAACUCUUUUAUAUAUAAAAAUAUGUUUACUAUUAGUAGUAGUAGGAAAUUAUUUGUUUGUGUUCACACGCGAUAUUUCUUUUGCCGCUCAGGCAAAAGACAUGGCAUUUCAUUCUAUGCCAGAAUGAAGCAGCUAGUGCCCCGUCUGACGUUUGAGCCUUUGAGCUUACCUUCUGAGUCAUGUCACUGAUGGUGUGUUCAUAAUAGGUUUAGAGCGAAGCAACUAGUGCGUCGUUUGACCUUUGAACCUUUGAGCUUAGCUUUUGAGUCAUAUCACUGAUGGAUGGUGUGCUCAUAAUAGAUUCAAAAUGAUGUAUGCCAUAUAACCUGUGAGCUCACCUUCUGAUUUGUCACUGUCUGAUGAAGUGAUCAAUAAAGCUUCAGAAUCAAGCAACUACUGCGCCGUCUGACCUUUGAGCCCACCCUCUGAGUGGCGUCGCUGAUUGAUGGAGUGUUCAUAAUAAGGCCAGAAUGAACGCACGGUACUAUUCCACCCAUGAAAGGGUCGAAUUAAAAAUUACUUUAUAUUUGCCUUAUUAUUUUUUACUGUAUUGAUUUAAUUUGUAUAAUAUUGUAUUAUUAUUGGCAGGUGAGUUAUUUUACCCACGCUACUCAAAAUACUGCAGACUGAAUUCGAGACACUUAAGCCUAUUCAGGUAAAUCACGGGCAUGAUGUGUUGGGACGGCAUGCGUGUCAGGGAGACAUUCUGGCGUUGGUUAGCAUGUUAUCUUGAAAGUUCUAGCUUAAUUGCAAUACAUAAAUCAGUAUGACCCACUUAGGCCACUAUGGGUCGAUAACACAAGACAAAAAGGUCCACACGCAUUAGGCCUAUUACUUGUAGAGCAAUAAAAGA